GUCGCCCGUGAGGGGUAAGCGGCAGGUCGGCAGCGCGGCGGCGGCGGGCGGAGCUGGCGCUGCCCUGGGAUGACCCCCUUUGGGGGCGGCGGGGCUGUGCGGAGUCGAUAGCGGGGCCCUCCGGGGCCGGGCCCGCACCUGGGCCCGCCGGGAGACGCCCCAUGCUGCCCCGUCAUGUGCAGAGGCUGGGCAGAGACUGGAUUGCCCACUGGAACGGUUCUCAGAUACUUGCCUUGAACAGCCCGUCUUACAGCUGUAUGAGAUGGGCCGGACACUAUCCCUGGGCCUCGUUUCCUCUUCCCGUUCCAGUUGAUUUUUCAACAAACUGGAGAGUCCCACCAUUUUUUGGACCUUGGAGACAGUUUCAGAACUCUAAUUGGCAGUUUGAUAACUUCAUGCCAAGUUCUUGCUUUCACCUGCCUAACCCCAGUAUGAAAUCUGAGGGAGAGGAACCAUUGACAAAGAAGAGAAGACUCAGUGGCCAGCAUGAUAAUUCAACUCUUGAGGAAGAAACAAACUGUUGUAAUCAGAAGGAAGCAUUGUGUCUUUCUGUAGCACAGAAUGAAGAAAAAUGUAGCAGCAAGAAAGGAACUAUCAAAAGACACUGGGAAUAUUUCUGUCAGCACAGUGGAACAAUGAAAAUCUUUGAAAAUAAAGAAACUGACCAAAGCAAUAUAGAAAGUGAGGCAAAAUUUGAUUUUACGGUCAUGUCCUACAAUAUCCUCUCACAGAAUUUGUUAGAAGAUAACUCCCACCUGUACAGACACUGCAGGCAGCGGUUGUUAAUCUGGACAUAUAGGUUUCCCAAUAUUCUACAAGAAAUCAAACAGCUGGAUGCAGAUGUACUAUGUUUACAAGAAGUCCAAGAAGAUCACUAUAGAAAAGAGAUAAAGUCAAGUUUGGAAUCCCUGGGGUAUCACUGUGAAUAUAAAAUGAGGACAGGGAGAAAACCUGAUGGCUGUGCUAUUUGCUUCAAAACUUCCAAAUUUAGCCUGAUUUCAUCAAACCCCGUGGAAUUUUUUCGCCGUGAUAUUCCCCUCUUGGACAGAGACAACGUUGGACUGGUGUUGCUUUUGCAGCCUAGAUUUCACUGUAAAACUAAUGCUGCAAUCUGCAUAGCCAAUACACAUCUGCUGUAUAACCCAAGGCGAGGGGACAUCAAACUGACCCAACUUGCAAUGCUCCUGGCAGAGAUUGCUAAUGUUGCCCCUCAGAAGGACGGUACCUUCUGCCCAAUUGUCAUCUGUGGUGACUUCAACUCUGUUCCUGGUUCUCCGUUGUACAGAUUUAUAAAGGAAGGAAAGUUAAACUAUGAAGGACUUGCUAUAGGGAAGGUCUCUGGACAAGAACAGUUUCCAAGGGGACAAAGAAUCUUAUCUAUUCCAAUUUGGCCAAAAAAAUUAGGUAUUUCACAAAACUGUGUAUAUGAAAUAAAAGAGCAACAAAAAGAAGAAAAAGCAGGAGAAAAAUUGGAAGCCACAAAGCUGGACAACACUCAGGAGAUUGUAAUAGCAUCUGAAAAGUUGUCUUCAAAACUUCAGCACCACUUUAAACUGUCUUCAGUGUAUUCCCAUUACUUUCCUGAAACUGGGAUACCCGAAGUAACAACUUGUCACUCCCGAAGCGCUGUCACUGUGGAUUACAUUUUCUAUUCUGCAGCAAAUGAUGAUGAUGCUGCCCAGCCAGGAGCAGGGGAUUCUUUUUGUGGAGGUCUGAAACUCCUUGGCAGGCUGGCGCUUCUAACAGAGAAAGAUCUUUGGACUGUUAACGGUCUUCCCAAUGAAAACAACUCUUCUGACCACCUUCCAUUGCUAGCAGAGUUCAGGCUUAUUGAACGGUAAUAUCCAAAGGACUUUUUCUGCAGGUACAGUUACCUUCACCUCCUCUCUCCAUGGGAUGAUUAUUUUUUUAAAGGUUAAUCCAAGCACUGCAGGUCCGGUUUAAAUAUGUUUGCAUGCUUGCUCAUUUGUUACUGUUGAUGAAAGUAGACUUUUUACAAAGACAUUUUUUAAACCAAACCAAACCUGUUUAAAUCACUUUAUGAAGUCAAAAGGCAAAAAGAAAAGAUUUUACAUGAGCUUCCUCUUUGAUAAUGGAGAACACCUGUGGCAGUCUCAAAGCAGCAUUAUUUUUCACAGAGGUGCUGUAAAUGGUUUUAUUGUAAAUCGUAGUAAAAGUGAUUA